CCAGGAGCAAAGAAAAAGUGAAAAUUAAAGCUUAAAAUGUACAGGAAUCAGUCAUGUCUGUUUGUCUUUUAAACGUUAUCUUUAUCUAAUCACUACAUGGAGAACGUCAUUCAUCCAGCAAUGAAGAUGUCGCAGUUGAAGUCAAGGACACCAAAGUGAGAGCAGGCCAAAAUGAGAGCAAGACGGCUGAACGUAAACUACGCAACUCCAUGGAAAUUAAAGACCUCCUGAUGCGACUUCAGCUACAGGAUAAAUUAACAAUGAAAGAUUUUCUUCAAAUGAGUUGCUCCUCAUUGCUGCAGCUCCAGCUGCAAACAGAGAAAGACCUGCCCUAUGCUUUUCUGCAGAGAUUGUUGAUGAUGGACUACAGGUCCAGAUAUGUAACUGUCACAGAGGAGAACAGUAACACAUGCAGUGAAAGGUCUAUCGAUAAGCCUAGAAUCAACGAUGCCCCAACAUCUGUUCAUAAUGCACUCUUUGGAAAAACGGUGUGUGAUGGCGAGAGCAACACAAAGAAUUGUAUCCACCCAAUGGAUGUUCAGAUGGCUGUGUUUCAUUGUGCAGAUGAUUUUCUUAAGCAGUACAUGGUUACUAAGCUGUCCCUGUGUCAGUACGCACUGCCACUCCUUGUGAUUAACCCCACCACUCAAGAGAUAGAAUGUCCACUCUGGACAUUUCGGCAAAUAACCAAAAGCUGGAAGUCACCUGAAGACUCCGGUGAAAUGACAACCAAAGCCAUGCCAAUCUACAAAGCCGCAUUGCCGAUGGUGUCAGUGUUCAAGCUAGGCUCAGUGUCCACUUCCAAGUCUUUGCUGUUGAACGGCUUAAUCAACCAACGACACAACACGUUCUUCCACAGAGACUGUCCAGGAAACAGUCAAAAACGCUUGUUGAUGGAUGGAGUUGUGGAAAUUGCUUGGUACUGUCCUUCUGGGAAAGAUACUGAAAAUUUCAGGGACUGUGUGGCGUUCUGCAAUCUCCAUGGUGAUGCGGAAGAAAAUGAGUUGCAACGAAUGUUUUUGACCAAAUUUGCCUCAGUCAAUGUUGUCUUUUUACCAAACCUAAGCCAAGAUGAUAAAGCUUUUGAUGUUGUAGUGAAGCUUUUCAGUUCCUCUAAACCUCUAAUAUGUUUGCUUGAUGAUGAUGACAGUGCUGUAACUGAAGUGUCUGAGGGAAAAUAUAAAAUUGGGUUAAAAAAUAGAAAUCGCUUUGAUAUAACAGAGAAUUUGACUAAAGUCAUCAAAGAAAGUUUAUCUAAACCAUAUCAGGCCUUCAAUCUUGAAGAUGCAUUGCAGAAUUCAGAUUUCAAAGUGGAUGAGGACAAUGAAGACUGUAAAAAAGGGAAGGCAUGUGCACUUGACUUGCUGGAGCAACUGAAAGAAACCAAGCUGUUCAAAAUCAAAGAGAAGUUUCUACCUUGUCAGGGGAAACUGUGGCAAGACUGGAGCCAAAAAAACAAAGAUCUGUAUCGCUUACAUGGAGAUAUUGAGAAGCACAAGAGUAGAAUAGAACAGGACAUGAGAAUAAUACGAAAAGAACAAAGAAUCUGCGGUCUGAGUGACCUCAUGGAAUCAUUUAUCGAUAACCUGGCAACUCUGGAUUCAAAUCAAAAAACAUAUUUCUUAAAAUGGUUGGGGAUUCUGAUGGAUGAUCGUUCCUCAGUCACACUAUUAGAUCUUCAACACAAAUAUGGAGAAAAGUGGUCCACUGUCCUGUCUUUAAAAAAAGAACAUUGUAUAUCGGAGAAAUUGGAAAUGAUCGAACAGGAACUGGACAACAUAUUAGAGCAGAUAAAUGCUGCUAUGUUUGGAAUUGAGCACUUUCUGAGAGAAGUUGGUCAAAUUUAUGAAGCCUGGAAAGAUCAUAAAGAUCAGAUAAUGAUAAAAGGAGAAAUGAGGAACAUUUCUUUGUUACCUCAACUGGCUGCAGAACUCAUGAUAUCUGGGUACCCAUUGGAGCUAAUGGACGGGGAUGCAGCACAUGUUCCUCUGAACUGGAUAGAUGCUGUAUUGAAUGAAGUCAUUAAGCGACUUGGGGACAAACGCAUCUUUGUUCUGUCUGUCUUGGGUGUUCAGAGCACCGGAAAAUCUACAAUGCUGAAUGCAAUGUUUGGGUUGCAGUUUGCUGUCAGUGCUGGAAGAUGCACACGUGGUGCUUUCAUGCAGCUCGUGGAACUCAGUGAAGACAUGAAAAUGCAGCAAAGUUUUGACUAUGUUCUUGUUGUUGACACAGAGGGCCUAAGAGCUUUGGAGUUGGCCGGUAAAGAAACACUCCACCAUGACAAUGAAUUGGCGACUUUUGUCAUUGGCCUCGGAGAUAUGACCUUAAUCAACAUAUUUGGAGAAAAUCCAUCAGAAAUGCAAGACAUUCUUCAAAUUGUAGUUCAGGCUUUUUUAAGAAUGAAAAAAGUGAAGCUGUCUCCCAGGUGUGUUUUUGUUCAUCAGAAUGUGGGAGAUAUCACAGCUAGCGAGAAAAACAUGGAGGUGAAAAGGCACCUGCAGGAGAAACUCGAUAAAAUGACCCAACUGGCUGCCACAGAAGAAGAAUGUGAUAUGAAGUCUUUCAGUGAUGUCAUCACUUUCGAUAUAACAAGAGAUGUGAAGUAUUUUGCACAGCUUUGGGAAGGCAGCCCACCAAUGGCCCCCCCAAAUCCAUGUUACAGUGAGAACACCCAGGACCUAAAACAAACGAUAUUCUCUAACACAGAGAUCAGUGGACAUCUUUCACAAAGCAAGUCGUUUCAAAGAGGACAAAAGUUGCCACAUUUCAAAACCAGGAUCCAUGAUCUUUGGAAUGCUCUCCUGAAUGAAAACUUUGUUUUCAGUUUUAAGAAUACUUUGGAGAUUUCCAUAUACAGACAACUGGAGACUGAGUAUGGGAAAUGGACAUGGACACUCAGGAGGGCAAUGUUGAUGACUGAAAACAAACUACAUAACAGGAUUGAAAAUGGAAUGCUUGAUAUGGUACCUGAAACAUUUCUUGUUGAAGAACUGAAGGAGCCCUAUGAGCAGGUUAAGAAAAAUAUGAUUGAAUACUUUGAAGAAAGCCAAGAUAAGGAGGUCCUAGUUCAGUGGAAAGAAAGAUUUCUAUGCAAGAUCAAUGAGCUUCAUGAUGACCUUCUUAGAGGAACAAAAAGGAAAUUUGAUAUAGUUAUUCAGCAGAGGGAAGCUUGUAAGAAGGUAGAUGAAAAGAGAUCACAGUAUGAAAAUGAGCUUUUCAAUAAGAGCAAAGAGCUGGCAUUAAAACUGAAAGAUAUGAGCAAUGAAGAGGAAUCAAAGAAAGAGUUUGAUUCAUUGUGGACUGUGUGGGUUUCAGAGCUGACACAAGGCAUGACUCCCAUUAAGAGCAUUACGGUAGGAGAGGACAUUCUACGUAUCCUAUCUGAAGACAAUGAAAGGGGGCUGGUUCAUAAACAAAAAGAUUCUGCAGAAUACAGAAAUAUUUUGUGCAUAAGAGAUUAUUCAACUUACAUAUCAUUAAGGGAACAUUAUUUUUGUGUCAGAGAUGAACAAAUGGAAACCUCUUCAAUUAAGCAAGAAACUAAAAUGAGUAAAGACGUUACUAAAAACAACAAUACAGAAAACAACGAAAUGUUUUCUAAAAGUCUAACAUCAGAAGAUCAAGAUAAGAUAAGGACUGUAAUGAAAGAUAUUGCCAGAGAAAUGGAGGAAUACAUUAAAGAACAACCAGUUUUAACAAUUGGUUACAAUGACAGUUACAUUCAGAAAAUAAAGAAUGUUGUCAAACAGAAAGUGAAGAAGUUUGAAUCAGAACACCAAAAAUUUCAUUUUAAAAAAGAAUUAAUCAUAAACCUUUUGCUCUAUGUGUGUGAAAUUGCAGAGAGGAAAUUUACUGAGCUUCACGUGGAGUUCAAAGAAAAAAAUGAUGUGAAAAGUUACCUAUUCAAAAUGUAACCGCAGUACUACAGCAUCUUCAAAAGCUACUGUCAGGGUGCAACAUCAACAGCAGUGUUUGCAGAGUUCAUCUGCACCAAACUGAAAUUAUCCAUUUAUCAGGCAGUGUGUGACAAAACAGCCAUUGAUAUAGCUGGAGAAAUGAGGGCCAGUUUCCCGGCCUUUAGCGGGAACCGAUCAGGUAU